ACUGCAAUCGCAGAGAAAGUUAUCACAUUUUCAAUUUCACUUGAAUCAUUCAGUUGAAACAGUCAAAUUCGAAAUCAAAAUGAAAUUCUUAUUAUUCGUUGCACUUCUGACCGUCGGAGUUUGUGUCGCUUCUCCAAGUUUACCAGUCCCAGAUCUCCCAGUCCCAGAUCUCCCUGUCCCAGAUCUCCCAGUCCCAGAUCUCCCAGUCCCAGAUCUCCCAGUCCCAGAUCUCCCAGUCCCAGAUCUCCCAAUCCCAGAUGCCCCAGGUACCGCCGGUGGCGUUCAAGCUUGUCCCAAUCCCAAAUCCACAACGCCAGUCCCAACUGCUCUACUUAAUGGAUUGCUUUCAUUAAUAUUAAGUGUAGUGUGCACACUUUUUGGUUUUGUGAAAGGGCUGCCAAUUGCUGGUGGUAUAGUUGGUGGUUUAGUUGAUGGAGUGUGCAGCAAUCUUUCAACGCUUCUUCCAACGCUUCUUGGUUCAGUAGGUGCUUAACAAUUAGGUUAAAAAGCAAAGAAGAUCAAUGGCCUCGCCAAUAGCAAGAACACCGAGAAUGAUGACAGCAGCUUUUUGAAAUUUGGCAAAUUCCUUCACAUUCCGUCUUUUGAUUAAAAAUAAUAAAUAAGAUUAUCUGGUUGCAAUCAGAGCAGGUUUUUUUUCAUGAAUCCUUCUGAUUCAUUUUUUUCCGCAUCUGUUCAGCCAGCUUUUGGAUGUGUUUAAUAAAUAAUUGAAUAAAUAAAAGUUUCGCAUAAUAAACAAUCAUGAGCAAAAUCAA